CAGUGAUGCUGUAGAUGCAGCAGACUGGAACAGACAUUGUUUUAAGACUGAAUGCAGCAGCCGGGGAGAAUACCAACAUCCUGACAGACACCGCAGAGGACAACGAUAUACUUCACUCUACAGCAGUCUGUACAGAGCUGGCAUGGACAAUAAGGCAUUGGAACCUGACUCUGUGAGUAUUCCCAUGGAGGAGGCCAUCAUCUGUAAUGGAGGUGGCCAGACUCAGCAGCAGCAGGAAGCAUCCAUUUUGACCCACCUGAAGAAGGUUGAGAACCACAUCACUGAAGCACAGCGUUUCUCCCACCUACCCAAACGCUCAGCCGUGGACCUGGAGUUCAGCGACCUCUCCUACACCAUUCAGGAGGGACCAUGCUGGAGGAGGAGAGGUUUCAAAGCCUUACUGAAAUGCCUGUCUGGAAGGUUCUGCAGUCGAGAGCUGAUAGGAAUCAUGGGGCCCUCUGGGGCCGGGAAGUCCACCUUAAUGAACAUUCUGGCUGGAUACAGGGAAACAGGGAUGAAGGGUCAGAUCCUGGUAAAUGGGAAACCCAGGGACCUGAGAAAAUUCAGGAAAAUGUCCUGCUACAUCAUGCAGGAAGACUUGCUGCUGCCACACCUCACUGCACGAGAGGCCAUGAUGGUUUCAGCCAACUUAAAGCUUAACGAAACAAUGGAUGUGAAGAAGGAACUGGUAAAUGAGAUUCUGACUGCAUUAGGGCUCCUUGAAUGUGUUCACACUCGUACCAACUCGUUGUCCGGUGGUCAGUGUAAACGGCUUGCCAUUGCCCUCGAGCUGGUCAACAAUCCUCCAGUCAUGUUCUUUGAUGAGCCCACCAGUGGCUUAGACAGUGCGUCAUGCUACCAGGUGGUCUCACUAAUGCGCUCUCUGGCGCAGGGAGGACGGACCAUCAUCUGCACCAUCCACCAACCCAGUGCCAAACUGUUUGAGAUGUUUGACAAGCUUUACAUUCUCAGUCAGGGACAGUGUAUUUACAAAGGCUCAGUCCCUUACCUCAUCCCCUACCUGAAGACUCUGGGCCUUUAUUGUCCUACCUACCACAACCCUGCAGACUUCAUCAUUGAAGUGGCAUCAGGCGAGUAUGGAGACUUGAACCCUGUGCUGUUUGAGGCAGUCCAAGGUGGAAUGUGUGCAAUAGAGGAGAAGAAGAACCAAUGUGAUAACAAUGGCCCAUCAGUCUGUGCAACAAAGUGCCCGAAGGAUGCCGGACACAUAGAGAGCCAUACGUUUGCCACGAGCACACUAACACAGUUCUGUAUCCUCUUCAAGAGAACCUUCAUAACCAUAUGUCGAGACCAGGUUUUGACGCACCUCAGACUGAUGUCCCACAUCCUCAUAGGUGUGUUAAUAGGCUUGCUUUAUCUGAACAUCGGCAACGAUGCCAGCAAGGUCUUUAACAACACUGGGUUCCUCUUCUUCUCUAUGCUCUUCCUCAUGUUUGGAGCGCUCAUGCCAACCGUGUUGACCUUUCCUCUGGAGAUGUCUGUGUUCCUGAGGGAGCAUCUUAACUACUGGUACAGCCUGAAAGCCUACUACCUGGCCAAGACCAUGGCUGACAUCCCAUUCCAGGUGAUCUGCCCCAUCCUGUACUGCAGCAUAGUGUACUGGAUGACAGAGCAGCCUCCUGAGGCCACCCGCUACCUACUCUUUCUAGCCCUGUCUAUCUGCACUGCCCUGGUAGCCCAAUCCCUAGGCCUUCUGGUUGGGGCCGCCUCCACUUCACUACAGGUAGCCACAUUUAUUGGACCUGUCACAGCUGUCCCAGUGCUGCUUUUCUCUGGAUUCUUUGUGAACUUCGACACAAUCCCCAAGUAUCUGCAGUGGAGCUCCUAUGUGUCUUAUGUUAGGUAUGGCUUUGAAGGGGUGAUCCUGUCCAUCUACGGGAUGAACCGUUCAGAGCUGGAGUGUCCAGGGAAGGUGUGUAAGUUCCAAAAGCCUGAAGAGGUUCUGCAGUUACUGGAUGUGGAAGAUGCAAAGCUCUACAUAGAUUUCAUUGUCCUGGGCAUUUUCUUCUUCAUUCUACGGCUGGCGACCUACCUUGUCCUCCGCUACAAGGUCAAGUCUGAGCGAUAGGUUUUUUCGCUUGGCUCACCUUUCAAAUCUCAAGGCCCUCCCUAAUGUCAUCCCGGUCUCUUUUCUGUGCACAGAAAACAAAUUCUCAUGUGGGAAAUUGUUUCAUUUCAUUGAACACAUUGCAGCUAAAAAGGGCAGAACAUAAAUUCUGAUCUGUUCUACUGCCAACAACUGUGCAGUGACUCAUGGUGCAGAGCAGUGAAGAGUCAUCUUAUAAAUCAACAUAAACCUGUUUUACCUCAGACAUCAUGACUUACUGUAACUCCUGUGCACAGAGCCAGAUCAGCAGUGAGGAGGGCAAAGAGACUGAGCCACAUUCAGCAGCAUAUUUCAUAUUCCUGCAAGACAGAAAUGUUUUGAGAACUAGGCGGAUGUGAUACUGUUGCACUUAUUGGAGUAGACAUGCAUGUUUAUUCUACACUGUGUGCUGCCAUUCUGUAAGUAUCGGAGUGUUAGGUCUUCGGUCCACAAAACUGCCUCCUUGAGAAAAGCAAAUACAGUGUUUACAUUGCUCUAUUAGUCAAAAACACCUGAGGGCAAAUGGUUGCACUGGAGAAUUGGGAUGAUGUAUUGAGCCUGAAAGAGUGAACACCGGAAGAAAGCAGUUUGUCUGAAAUAGUUUUUGUUCGAUCUACAGAACUUGGGUGAAAGUUUGGAGUCCCAAAACAUUAACUUCCUGUGUAUAAAACAAAACAAACAUUGAGCUAGAUUGUUUUUUUAACUUGUUGAUAGUUGUAAAUUAAGCUUUAUCAUGAUUGUCUACCCAAAUUUGGUAUUUUUUUGUACUUAUAAUAUAGUCUGAAAUCUUUAAAAUCCCAGUUGAAAUAAAAAUUGUUCAGCCUUAAUCAUUUUAUACUGUACUGUAUCUUUAGCAUUAUAUGCAUAUAAGAUUAUAUAGAUAUAUUUAAGCUAAAUAGAUGAAUUACUGUACUGUAUCAUUAUACUUUUGUGUCCACACUACAUCCUGUAAUGUCACAAGGACUCAACAUGCUCAUGCAAUCAUGUUUGGUGCUAUCUAAAGUUUUAUGUUUUGUUUGAAUUACAUGUAAAAAAAAAAAAACAACCAAAGAAAAUUACUGAAACCGUAAGUAUCCUCACAUUUUAUUUACAAUAUAUUGACAAUCUUUAUUUCGUUGUUUUUGUUGUUGCUGUUGUAGAUGGGUAUAUCAUAACCACUUAUAUGAUCAUGCAUUCUCUUUUGAAACAUACAUUUUGGAGAACUUUCAUCUUAACUGCAUACAGUUACAGAAAAAAUAUGUUUAUGUACAGCUAUGUAGAGUGUCUGAUAUUUCAAUAAACAUUGAUCUAACCAGUUCAA